AUGGGCGUCACUCAGAUCAAAACCGCCGAGGAGUACGAGACUCUCGUCAACAAGGCCACCACCCCCGUCGUCGUCGACUUCUUCGCCACCUGGUGCGGUCCCUGCAAGGUCGUUUCCCCCGUCCUCGAAAAGCUUAGCAACGAGCACACCAGCAUCAACUUCUACAAGGUCGAUGUCGACGAGCUCGCCAAUGUCGCUGCCGAAAACGCCAUCUCCGCUAUGCCCACUUUCCUGUUCUUCAGCGCCGGCGAAACCAAGGAAGGCGAGAAGAAGACUCCCACGCAAGUGGUCAAGGGUGCGAACCCCCCGCCAUCCAGGCUGGCAUUAAGGCCAUCUCGGCUUAAAUUUGAGAUGGGAGCUUAG